GUGGUGGACCACUACGAGAAGCCGCGCAACGUGGGCAGCUUUGACAAGACCGAUCCCAACGUGGGCACGGGGCUGGUGGGCGCGCCCGCGUGCGGCGACGUAAUGAAGCUCCAGAUCAAGGUGGACGAGCACGGCAACAUCGUGGACAGCUGCUUCAAGACCUUUGGCUGCGGCUCCGCCAUUGCCAGCAGCAGCGUGGCCACCGAGUGGAUCAAGGGCAAGGCGGUGGAGGACGUGCUGACCAUCAAGAACAGCGACAUCGCCAAGCACCUCAGCCUGCCGCCCGUCAAGCUGCACUGCAGCAUGCUGGCAGAGGACGCCAUCAAGGCGGCGGUCAAGGACUGGAAGCAGAAGCGCAGCAACGCGGAGGGCGGCGCCCAGCAGCAGCAGCAGCAGGCGGCCAGCGCCUGA